AUGCCUCCCAAGUUGCCCCCUUUGCGCUUCGUGCGUUCAGUCCUCAACUCUUUUGCGAAAGACUCCGGUCUUGAGCCGAGAUUACUGGGUAACAACUUCCGGGUGACCGGCGCUUCGGUGGGCAAGGUCGACUUUGAGUUGGCUAUCCAGAAAGAGCACACGAACCGUUUGUCUACAAUCCAUGGGGGUACUCUUGCCAGUCUCGUCGAUCUUGGCGGCUCGCUUGCCGUGGCCUCCAAGGGACGUUUCAUGACGGGUGUGUCAACUGAUAUCAAUGGUAUGCCGCAUUCCAUGGUCAUCGUGAAUUUAUACCACCGGGCAAUCCCUACUUAUCAACGGAAGCUGACGAAGGCAGUUACGUAUCUGAACCCGGGAGGAAAACCCGGUGAUAUCAUGACGGGCACUGCCAUUUGUGAUAAGAUGGGAAGGACCCUAGCAUACACGACAGUUACUUUCUUCAACAAGAAGGGAGAGCUUGCCGCGCGAGGCAGCCAUACCAAGUACAUCGCAAAGACAUGGGAAUCGGAGGACUUUGUAGCGCCGGACGAGUACGUAGCGGAAGAAGAGAAGUAG